CUGCCCUUUUCAUCCGAGAUCAAAACCAGUGAAGUAGAGAGAGAAUGGCGGAUAAAAGCUGCAAAAUCAGAUUCAUAGUGAUGCUUCGGCAGAAGCUUAGAAGUUGGAGAACAAGGGCUCGCGGAUCUGCGGCGGUGACAACUUCAAGUUCGUCGCCGGCUCCGGCGGACGUGCCGGAGGGCCAUUUAGCCGUGUGCGUAGGAAGCGGAAGACGUAGAUUUGUGGUAAGAGCAUCGCAUCUCAACCAUCCAGCUUUCAGAGAACUCCUUAUCGAAGCCGAAGAGGAGUACGGAUUCUCCCACUCUGGUCCCCUCUCCCUCCCCUGCGAAGAAUCCAUUUUCCUCCAGAUCCUUCACCGUAUCUCAUCCUCCUACGCUUCCCUCUUUCCCGACGCCAGAGGCAAGGGAUCCCGGCGAGCCGAUAAGUUUCCGCUACUCUACACCGAGAAUCCGAUAUGGUAUGUGGCCGCAAACUCUCAUUCUUCGCCCAUUACCAGAUCGGAGCACCGCGCUAUCGCCUGAGAUCUGAGGAUCACGCGAGGGUAGUUUUGGAAUACCAUCGCUACAGAUUCCUUCGUUCCGCCUUUCCCAACUUUUUUUUUUUUGAAUCAGGGGGUUUGUUUUGUAAUUAACAUGAUUG